AAGCCACAAGCUUGACCUCGACUCCUUUCAACCUUUGGAAGCUCCUUUCGCCCUCGUUAUCUUAGGUGGCAACCCCGUACUUUCAAAGAACACGAAGCGAAAGCCGCCGCGGAGAUGGCGGUCAUAUCCACCAUGAGAACUCUCUGUGCCUCUCCUGCACAACAGGUGACCGGCACAAGCGUCAGUCCAGAUCAAAGUCAAGUAGAUCAAGAGCUGGUCGUGGGCAUGAGCGCACUCCAAACACACGACAGGGACAACCACCAAACCUACGUGCCGAGUCAUUGGAGCGGCUCUCUUGGAUCUCAGACGAGCAGCAGCGAUGACUUGGAGAACUACGCGCUUCACAGCUCUCCCGCGGUCAGCAGCCUUCAGCAGCCCAGCUCCACGCAGACUUCUCCCCGCAGCUGGGACUCGCCGGAGCAGCUCGGACCUACACCCUGGGAAGCCGCCACUGAGCAUUUCCACAACCGCUAUUCCGGCUUGGAUCCGCAUCUAUCGGGCAGUGGUGUUCACAACGGCGACGACUCGACAUCGUUCCCCGGUGACUCAGCGCCCUUCAUCCCCAUCCAGGGGCUCGACGGAUUACACAACGAGUGCCAGCAGGUUCCAAGACAGACAGAUCCGUGCCCGGCUGGCCCAUAUCACACGGCGCCAGAGGAAGCAUACCCUUCGACACCUGAGAGCAGCCAGCCAGUGUCUCCGGAGACCGCAGCGGGCCCGAUGGCAGUAGAUAUGCCGGCGGAAGACGCUACAUGUCCACCCAACAAUGAUGCAUACGGCCAGGCCAAGAAGAGUCCCUCUCCUGUACAGGUCCGGAAAGAGGGGGAAAAGGAGGAGCCGUAUGCCCAACUCAUCCACCGUGCCUUCUUGAGCACGCCACGGCGGGCUAUGACACUUCAGGAAAUCUAUCAGUGGUUUCGCGAGAAUACCGACAAAGGCAAGAGCGACAAUAAGGGCUGGCAGAACAGCAUACGGCAUAAUCUAAGCAUGAACAUGGCCUUCACCAAGCGGGAGCGCAAAAGUAGUGUGGCUAAAGCCGGGGACGGGGGAAGCGGCUCUGCAACGGCCAGCACCCAGAUCGAGACUAAAAAGUCCACCGAGUGGUACCUCGAGCCCUGGGCGAUCGGCGGCGUCCAGAGCACAACCCGCUACCGGAAGGGCAACCAAUCCCGGCGCAGCGCCACCAACCCUGGGAUGCUCAGCUCGCGUGUAUACCGGGGCUACCCGGCGCACCAUCACGCCUCGCUGAGCAGAAAAGGUGGCCGGGUUCUCCGCGGCGCCCGCCCCGGCGUCCGCGGUAGUACUGGCAGCAUCCCCAGCGUCGCCGCUACCCAUCCCCAGCUACGACGCUACCAGUUCUCGCCCCCCCACACCGCUACCGGGAGUCCUUUCAUCAACCACACGCUCACGAAUGGCGCUGCCGCCUCCUCUGGCUCGUCCACUUACAGUGGUAGCACAUCGCACCAGCCCUUCUUCCAUCCCCAAGUCCCACCACAGAGCCAGACUCUGGACGGUACUUCGAGCAACAUGGGGCUAGAUUACGACUACCCCGACCCACAACAGCUCUUCCCCACCACCACCACCACCACCACAACCACCACCUCUCCAUCCUCCUCCUCCUCUGGCACGGCCCCCCUUGUCUCCAUGGGCCGCGCAUCGAGCGAGCCAGGCUACGCCGGGCCCGUCGACGAAUCGGUGGCCCAGGGGCCGCUCCACCACCACCCGCACCUCCUCCACCAGUCGCCCUACGGCAGCGUCGGCAGCGAGCAAGCCGGGGGGCCCAUGGCCCUUGCCGAUCUCCGGGCAGUUUCAACGACGGGCGGCAGCACAGCUGCCGGCGCGACGGCGGCACCCUACCACCGCCACACCGGCAGCGAUAACAGCAGCUUCGCCGCCGCGGUCGCCGCCUUCUCGGCCGCGACAUACCCCACCCCCAUGUCUGGGAUCGUAUCCGUCGUCACCCCGGGCGUAUACGAGGAUGGGAUGGAUCGGUAUCAUCAUCAUCAUCAUCAUCAUCAUCACCACCCCCACCACCACCAGCAACAGCAGCAACAACAACAACAGCAGCAGCAGCAACAUCAACAACAACAACAACAACAUCACCAGCAACAACAGCUGCAACAGCAGGCUCAUUCGAUCCCGCGAUGGGACGCCGGUGGUGCCAGUGAUGCUUGCUUGACAGGUAUGGACGGGAUGAAUGCGAUGGCUGGCGGGCAGUGUGGUGGGGAGGAGGCCGGCCAGGGCGGCUUACCGGCGGGAUACGGGUUUGGGCAAGCACAGGGGUACUGAUGUGGUGGAGUUGGCCGUUGGAAAGAGGAACCUUGAUU